CUCGAGGGGGCUGCGCGGACCACCUGGGGAUUCCACAUCGGCUGUUGCAAAUCCGGGAGGGAGCACAAGAGUGAGCGUCGAGUCGGUCCCGGUGGCGGUCGGUGACCUUCGCUCUGCCCCGCGACUCCUGGCGGGGACGUUCUGCACUGGGAGGGGGAUUCGUUCCCAUCCCGACUGUCUCCGUGGGUUGAUUGCUUUGGAUCCCACAACCCCGAGAAGAAGCAGGACCUAGACAAGCUUUAUGAUCUAAAAGCUAAAGCCCAACAGAUUAUGAACCAGUUUGGCCCUUCUACCUUGAUCAACCUCUCCAACUUCUCCUCAAUCAAGCCGGAACCAGCCAGCACCCCCCCACAGAGCUCCAUGGCCAACAGCACCACUGUGGCAAAGAUGCCAGGAACACCCAGUGGAGGAGGGCGGCUCAGUCCUGAAAGCAACCAGGUUUUAACCAAGAAGAAAUUACAAGACCUGGUGCGUGAGGUGGAUCCAAACGAGCAGCUGGAUGAAGAUGUUGAAGAAAUGCUGCUACAGAUCGCCGAUGACUUCAUUGAGAGUGUGGUGACAGCUGCCUGCCAGCUCGCACGGCACCGCAAGUCCAACACUCUGGAAGUCAAAGAUGUCCAGUUGCACCUUGAGCGCCAGUGGAACAUGUGGAUCCCAGGCUUUGGUUCUGAAGAAAUCAGGCCCUACAAAAAAGCCUGCACUACAGAAGCUCACAAACAGAGAAUGGCACUGAUCCGCAAAACUACCAAGAAAUAGCCCCUGGACAGAGCCGGAGACACCACCGCAGUUUGGGAUACCUGCCGCUCCACUGAAGCCUCCAUGUGUCACCUGUGGGAUAUUUUUUUAAUGCUUUACAGAGAAGCAUCUAUUUUUUAUUAACAGUGCAGCAAUAUCUUGACUUGAUGAGGAGACCUGCCAAAACAUUCUAUGCCCUCUUCUCAUUCCUCCUCAGAGUGCGACAUAUCUCAAACAGACUUUUAUUUGUGACUUGAAAGUGGUUUAUUGUACAAGUGAUUAUCCAAGGGACAGAGCAUUUGAUUGUGUGUGGGACAGUAUUAGAAGCAUCUGUAGAAGUUUUUGUUUCCUCCUUCCUGCCCCUACCUUCUCCAGUACUUUGUAAUGUCAGUGUUUAUAUAAAUACUUGCAUUUGUUUUACAUGAAUAAAGAAAUUAUUCUAA